AUGCUGAGUUUUGGAUUUGGUGUGAGCAAAAUUAGCGGGCAAUAUAAGGUCGUGUGUAUCAAUCGCGAUGGCUCUGCUCAUCAUGUCUACACCCUCGGAACGGGAGCGUGGAGGCGCGUUGAAGCCUGCCCUGCCUCUGGUUUCGGAUUCAAUUUAGAUGGGCGGAUUGAGUGUAACGGAAACCUCCAUUGGACCGUGUAUGAUUCCACUCGACCCUUGUUGAUAUGUGGUUUUGACGUUGAAACGGAAUGUUUUAGCAUAUUCUCUGCUCCUCCUGCCGCUGUAGAUGAGCGUCUAACUGUGGAGUUGAGUGUUCUGAGCGACUGUCUGUGUGUUUCUUACGUGUGGGGCCAUGAAAUUGUCAUUUGGUCGAUGAAGGAAUACCGAGUCGAGGAGUCUUGGACCAUAGAGUAUAGGUUGAGUACUAAUGGUUUUAAUUUUGAUUUUGGUAUUCGCAAUAGAAUGGAGUCUGUUUAUCCUAUCAAAGUUUUCAAUGAUGGUGACGUUUUGAUGUUGAUGGUGGCGAACGACAUUAACUUCUACUACAGAAAGAGGCAUCUCAUCUACUACUCCAGCAAGACAGAUACUAUUCAACAACUCGGUAUGAUUAAUGAGCAGCUUGGUACGAUUGGGUCAUAUGGUAUGGUUGCGGAGCAACACCUUACAAUUGAGGAUGUGUAUGUAGAGAAUCACCUCACCCGUGCCAUGAUUUUUACUCCAGCCCUUCUCUCGCUAAAGAGUUUCGGAAUUGAGAAUGUGAUCUCAUUCUAG